AUGCUGCCGGAAAUUUUUACUUUCGCAUUUGUUGCGUCUGUUUCAAUUGGAAUUUCCUACCUUGAGCCCUUCCAUCGUGGGUUUUUUCUCAAUGAUACAAGUCUUUCCUAUCCUUACCGGCCGUCCACUGUACCCACUCUGGUCCUCGGCUCUGUAGCCCCAAGCGUUGCGGUUGUUACGAUCCUCAUUCUGGAGUUGUUGCGCGGAAAAUUGUACGGCUUCAGUAGACGCUUCCGUGGAACUUUUGCGGUUGGUUUUUGUGUGUAUAAGUACGUAUAUACUCUAGCCCUGGGUUUUUCAAUUACCGGCGUGCUUGUUAACGUGGGAAAAGUGGCCACUGGCAGAUUGAGACCGCACUUCUUUGCUGUCUGUCAACCGAAGACUGCUAUCGCACCGCCGGAAGUGUAUAUUACCGAGUACAUAUGUGGCGGAACAAACAAGAAGCAUAUGGAAGACAUGAGGUAUGCUUUUCAAAUGUGGUUUGCUUUGGAAUUUAGAAUUUAUUUUUGUUAG